AUGUCAACUCCAGUCGUUCCAUAUCCAUACAACGAGAACGCUUUCUUCAUUGCCACAAUCUCACCAGGCACUUGGGCUGCUCUGGGUUGUGGUCUUUCCAUUGCCCUUUCUGUCGUCGGUUCUGCAUGGGGCAUUUGGAUUACAGCAUCAUCGUUGUUUGGUGCAGCAGUUGGUGAGCCAAGAAUCAGAUCAAAGAACAUUAUCAGUAUCAUUUUCUGUGAAGCCGUUGCUAUCUAUGGUAUCAUUUUGGCUAUCAUUCUAAAGGGCCGUAUGGACGGACCACCCAACUCAAAUGAUCUCCAACAGUGGGCUGACAACUACAUGGCCGGCUACCUCAUGUUUGGCGCUGGUAUCACUGUUGGUUUUUGUAAUGUAUUCUCAGGACUUAGUGUUGGUAUUGCAGGAAGUGGAUGUGCUUUGGCAGAUGCACAGAACCCAGUACUCUUUGUAAAGAUGCUCAUCGUUGAGAUUUUCGCAGGUGCUCUUGGAUUGUACGGUGUCAUUGUCGGCAUCUUGAUGUCGUCCUCUGUCACUCUGGGCUCAAAGUAA